AUGCGUGCAACUGGCAGCCACUCCACAGAAGCCAAUGGAGAGAAAACACCAUGGAACCAGGAACAAGAUCCUUUCCCUGGCACUGCCUCGCCAGUGACUUUUUCAGGCAAAACAACAUCAUGUUUUCCAUCACCUCCAGAGAAGCUCAUUGCUGGGGUCCUGGGACUCAUCUGCCUUGUCUUGCUGUCCUCUGUGGUAACGAUAGCUGUUAUUCCCUCUACUGUAACUCCAGGGCAGAAAAAUUCCUCCUUGACAACAGGGAUCCAGAAAGCAUAUCAUCGUAGACAUUGUCCGAAGGAGUGGUUAACAUAUUCCAACAAUUGUUAUUACAUUAACACUGAAAGAAAAGCAUGGAAUGAGAGUCAGAUGGCCUGUGCUUCUAAGAAGUCUAACCUGCUUUAUAUAGAUAAUGAAGAAGAAAUGGAGUGGCUCUCCAUGCUUCACGAUGAAGAAGCUGGAGCCUUACAAAGCCUGGAUGACUGA